ACUUGUAUUGUGUUCUUGGUGAUGGUGAGUGCAAAUUGCGAAAUCGAGGGCUUUUCCUCUCUCCAAAUGUUCUCUUUGUGGUUGCCUGCAAGAUUGAGAACAUGGAUCGCACAGUUGUAUUGUUGAAUUGAGUCUUAGGUUUUGCAGAUUCCGGGUACGUUUUCCUUGAUUUCUGGUUAUUGGAUAGCGUGCGUUUCUGAAUUCCCAGAUCUUGUUAUCUGUUUUGGUUAUUGCACGUUGUACUCGAUGUUUAGCUUUCGAGGGAGCAGUAGCUUCGCGAAUUUUCGUUUUGGAUCUCGAGGUUUUGCUCUGAGGUUGAGAUUAGAAAUUGCGAGAGGUGAAAUCUGAGGUUAAUUGAGCGUGUUUUGGUGGGAUCGAGGGGAAUCGGUGAAGGGUUAGGGUUUUUGGUCGAUGGCUUCGAAUCCUCCAUUUCACAUGGAGGAUCAGACGGAUGAGGAUUUCUUUAAUAAACUUGUUGAGGAUGAUAUGGAGCCUCAUAAGUCUGGCCAUGAUGAAGGGGAUGAUUCCGAUGAGGCUAAAGCAUUUGCAAAUCUGGGAAUCAAUGAUGUCGAUGCUGCUGCAUUUGAUAAUUCUGAUGCUGCUGUGAGUGGUGUUGAAGUCAAAGGGGGAUUGGGUACAGUGGAAUCCGAUGCAGGAUUUGAACAAGAGGGGAAUUCGUUGCCCUCCUCUAGUUCAGCUGGGUUUGAUAGUAAGGUGGGUCCCGGUGAGGAUGGGAUUGGGGUGGGAUCAGAAGUCAGGUCCGCUUCAGCUGUAGGCACGAGCAAUAAAGUCAGUAGUUCUGAGGUUAAGGAGGUGGGUUGGAAUUCUUUUCAUGCUGAUUUGAAUGGAGGCGGCGGGUUUGGAUCAUAUUCUGACUUUUUCAGUGAAUUGGGAGAUCAGUCUGGGGAUUUUACGGGGAAUGUGUACGAUAAUUUAAGUAGUGAGGUGAAGCAAGGUAAUGAAGUUCAAAAUGAUGGCUCAAAUGCCUUAGGUAAUUAUGUGCAAUAUCACGAGGGUCAAGGUUAUGAUGGAUCUUUAGAAAGCCACACAAACAGGCAAGGUGAUGGGUUAAAUGCUUCAGUUAAUCAUGUACAGUAUCAAGAAGGUGAAACUUAUGUUGCAUCUUCAGAAGAACACACAAAUGGACAGGAUCUGAGUAGUAGUCAGUAUUGGGAGGAUCUUUAUCCUGGCUGGAAGUAUGACUACAAAACCGGGCAAUGGUAUCAAAUAGAUGGCUAUAGAGCAACAGCCACUACUCAGCAAAGCUCUGAAGCCAAUAUAGCUGUGGAUUCGAGUGCCGCUUCUGAUGGGAAAACAGAGAUCUCUUACAUGCAGCAAACUGCUCAAUCUGUUGCAGGAACUUUAGCUGAAACUGGCACUACUAAAAAUGUGUCUAGCUGGAGUCAGGUUUCAGAAGGGAAUCAUGGGUAUCCAGAGCAUAUGGUUUUUGAUCCUCAGUAUCCUGGUUGGUAUUAUGACACAAUUGCCCAAGAAUGGCGUUCAUUGGAAACUUAUAAUUCAACCAUCCAGUCUUCUGGUCAUGGACAUGAAAAUGGGAAUGCUUCUGCCAAUACAUUCUCACCCAAUGAUCAUAGUUUGUAUAGUGAAUACAGCCAAGCUGAUAAUUAUGGACAACGGGACGUUGAUAAUCAGGCUGUAGAUGGCAGCUGGAGUGGUUUGUAUGGCACUAACCAUAAGCAGGGUUUUGAGAUGUACACAACUGGGUCAGCCACUAUACGAGGGGAUAAUAUAACUUCUGGUGGCAACCAACAGAUUAAUCAUUCUUAUGGUUCAAGUAUUUCUGUGAACGAACAUCAACAAAAUACUUCUAGUUCUUUUGGAUCCGUUGCAUUGUACAAUAGAGUAAACCAUGAUCGUGGUUUUGCUAAUGGAACUUUUAAACCACAAAGCUUUGGCCCUACUGGGGACACUGUUCAACAGUUUAAUUAUUCAACCACAAAGUUUAGUGAACAAAAAGUUUUUUCAAAUGAUUUUACUGAAAAUGAAAAACCCCUCAGUUAUUCUCCACAAUCAAUUCAGGGUGGGCAUCAGUAUUCACAUGCCCCUCAUGUUGGGAGAUCAUCAGCUGGACGUCCUUCUCAUGCUUUGGUAACUUUUGGAUUUGGGGGAAAACUCAUCAUAAUGAAAGAUCCUAAUCUUUUGAGCUCAUCAUACGGAAGCCAGGAUUCUGUACAAGGUUCUGUUUCUGUGUUGAACUUGAUUGAAGUUGUCACGGGAAAUAUGGAUUCUUUGAGCAUCAGACAUAACACCAGUAACUAUUUCCAUGCUCUGAGCCAGCAAUCAUUCCCAGGUCCGUUGGUUGGCGGGAGUGUUGGAAGUAAGGAACUGUACAAAUGGUUAGAUGAGAGGAUUGCACACUGCGAAUCACCUGACAUGGAUUAUAAGAAAGGUGAAAGGUUGAGACUCCUUCUUUCCUUGCUUAAAAUCGGUUGUCAACAUUAUGGAAAGCUACGUUCUCCAUUUGGUACGGACACCAUACUAAAAGAAAGUGAUACUCCUGAGUCAGCAGUUGCAAAACUUUUUGCAUCUGCCAAGAUGAGUGGCACUCAAUAUGGGAUGCCAAGCCACUGCUUGCAAAAUUUGCCUUCUGAAGGACAAAUGAGGGCAAUGGCUCUUGAAGUUCAAAAUCUUCUUGUCUCUGGCAAAAAGAAGGAGGCUUUACAGUGUGCACAAGAAGGACAAUUGUGGGGACCUGCACUUGUUCUUGCUUCACAACUUGGCGAACAGUUCUAUGUUGAUACAGUGAAGCAAAUGGCACUUCGCCAGCUGAUUGCAGGGUCACCUUUGCGCACAUUAUGCCUUCUAAUUGCUGGGCAACCUGCUGAAGUUUUCUCUACUGAUACCUCAAUUAGUGAGCAUCCUGGUGCUUCUAAUAUGGCUCAGCAGUCUUCACAGGUUGGAUCCAAUGGCAUGCUUGAUGAUUGGGAGGAGAAUCUGGCUGUAAUAACUGCAAACAGAACCAAAGAUGAUGAACUUGUAAUUAUUCACCUUGGUGAUUGCUUGUGGAAGGAAAGAAGUGAGAUUACUGCCGCACACAUCUGCUAUUUAGUUGCUGAAGCAAAUUUCGAGUCAUACUCAGAUAGCGCAAGACUCUGUCUAAUUGGAGCAGAUCACUGGAAAUGUCCUCGAACUUAUGCUAGUCCAGAGGCUAUCCAGAGGACCGAGUUAUAUGAAUAUUCAAAGGUGGUUGGAAACUCUCAGUUUACUUUGCAUCCAUUUCAGCCGUAUAAGCUUAUAUAUGCAUUUUUGCUAGCUGAAGUGGGGAAGGUUUCAGACUCACUGAAGUACUGCCAAGCACUACUGAAAUCCUUGAAAACUGGCCGUGCUCCAGAAGUAGAGUCAUGGAAGCAGUUAGCACUAUCUCUUGAGGAGAGGAUUAGAAUUCACCAACAGGGUGGAUAUGCUGCAAAUUUAGCUCCUGCAAAAUUAGUUGGCAAAUUGCUCAACUUUUUUGAUAGCACUGCACAUCGAGUUGUUGGUGGUUUACCACCGCCUGCUCCUUCGUCAUCAGCAGGAACUGUUCAUGGAAGUGAAAAACAAUACCAAAAUAUGGCACCUAGAGUAUCCUCUAGCCAAUCAACAAUGUCGUUGGCUCCAUCUGCUUCGAUGGAACCCAUAAGUGAGUGGACAGCUGACAAUAAUAGAAUGGGAAAGCCUAAUAGGAGUGUUUCUGAGCCAGAUUUUGGUAGAACCCCAAGACAGGAAACGACGUCACCUGAUGCACAAGAAAAACCCCAGGCAUCAGGGGGUACAUCUCGCUUUUCCCGAUUUGGUUUUGGCUCACAACUUUUGCAAAAGACAGUAGGGCUAGUCUUGAAACCUCGCUCUGGUCGACAGGCUAAAUUGGGUGACAAAAAUAAGUUCUAUUAUGAUGAGAAGCUGAAGAGAUGGGUGGAGGAAGGUGCUGAAGUUCCAGCUGAAGAAGCUGCUGCUCUGACACCGCCUCCAACAACUGCUGCUUUCCAGAAUGGUUCAACUGAAUACAACUUGAGAUCUGCAUUGAAAACUGAAAGUUCACCUCCUAUUGAGGGCUCUAGCAUAAGAACUUCUAGCCUUGAACUUAGUCCCGGGAUGCCGCUGAUACCACCCAGCGCAAAUCAAUUCUCAGCCCGGGGUCGUUUGGGUGUUCGAUCAAGGUAUGUUGACACCUUCAACCAAGGUGGUGGAACCUCUGCAAACUUGUUUCGGUCCCCUUCUGUUCCAUCCGUGAAACCGGCUGUUGCUGCCAAUGCGAAGUUUUUCAUUCCUUCUGCUGCACCAUCAUCAAAUGAGCAGACAAUGGAGGCUAUAGUGGAAAGCAAGCAAGAAGAUAGUGCGACAAAUGAAGAUCCUUCAACAUCUGCCACAAAUGAGUGGUGGUCAUACCAAUCCCCUAAACAAGUAUCAUCAACAACCAUACAAAGGUUUCCAAGUUUGGGUAACAUCUCAAACCAGAGAGCAACAGAAGGAAGUAACUCUCAUUUGCCUCAUUCACGUCGAACAUCUUCAUGGAGUGGGAGUUUUAAUGAUUCAUUUACCCCUCCAAAAAUGGGUAUGCCCUCGUCAAGAUUUAUGCCUGAUGAAUCUUUAAUGCGUACACAUGUGAAAAGUAGCAGCUAUGCAGAAGAUCUUCAAGAGGUUGAACUUUGAGCACAUGCUCAAGCUGUAAAUAUCAAACUUUGUUUUUGAUCUUCAGAAUAGCUGGGACGUCCCUGCUUCUGCAGCAUUUCUCUGGAUGUACCGAAUGGUACACAUCAGAUGGGGUUCACACAAACAGAUCUGAGAAUAACAACAGAUAUCUAUUACCCCUUCUCCCUUCCCAUCCUCUUUUCAGUAUUUUUUUAAGUCCUCGACUCCCAACCUUGUGAUGUAUGGCUGUGUUUUUUUUCUUCUUAAAUGCCAAGGGAGAUGACAGUGGACACCAUCUCCGGAUUAUGGAACUGGUGUGACACACAACAAAGGAUAGGACCACCUGCUUAGGUGAGUAGUACGACUCAUUUGUUCAUUUUAUUAAACAAGGAUACGCCCCACGAGGAAAGAUGACCUCAACAGAUCACGGACAAAAGAAUAGUGUAUGCAAUUGUGAAAUAUAAUUUUGUUCCUUCUGUAUUUAUCGAUUAAAUGGUAUUAAAUUUUCUGAAUCAUGCUCUUUGGCCUCAAUUGGAAGUGUAUUCGUUAGUUCACAUUGUAUAUGAUGAGAUGAUGGGGCAAAAGGGAUGAGGUGAGGUGAAUUUGGUCGCCGGCGAUUAUUUUGCAAUGUAUUUUGAGUAGUAUUAAGCCUACAACGGUACAUAAUCGAUAAAAUUUAGAUACAGUUUCUUAUUUAGUA